AUGCACCGGUGGGUGGAAGGCUGGGCGCUGCACGACUUUAGAGCUGAAACGCACGACAUCGCGCUCACCUCCAUUCCUGAGGAGCAUGACAGUGCGCACGAUGAGCCAUUGAGCUCAAAGCUGCUCAAGUUUGUAUCGAUAGUGGCCCACGACCAAGUGUCGAGCUUCACCGAAUCUCUCGACAGGCUCAAGUGCGGAGCGGCGGCGGCUAGAAAAAAGAAACUGAUUAUGGUCGUCAAGGAUUCGCGCGCCAACCACUCCUUCCCCACCCUUACGCGGCAACAGUCCAGCUCACCGCGUGAUCUCACCGAUUCGGUCAUUCUUCAACGGUUCCAGAAGCGCAAGUCCGAUCCGUCAGUGCUGAAGGACAUGACCUGCAAUUUGGUCUCAGGUCAGAUCGGCUCGGUACUCGACUUCGAAGCCGAAGAGCUGGCCCUGCAUCUCGCCUUCAAAGAACAACAGCGCUACAACAAAAUUACUGCCUUGGAUCUGUUGGUGAACAUCAAGCGCCCGGUGGGCUUGAUCACCGACUUUGCGAAGGCGUCGAACAAGAUCAGCAGCUGGGUGGCGACGGAGAUCGUGACGGCGCCUGACGAGAAGUCCCGCGUGGCGACCAUCGAGGCGUUCAUCAAGGUGGCGCAGUGCUGCUGGGAGCUCAACAGCUUCAACACAGCCAUGGACAUCAUCUCGGGCCUCAACAGCUUCUCUAUCUCACGACUCAAGCAAAUUUGGGAUUCGGUCUCCGCACGAGGGCACGAGGUAUUGGACGGCCUGGUGUCGGGUAUGGACCCAGCGGGCAACUUCCGUAACUAUCGCAACCACGCCGAGACUUUGGCCCCGCCCAUGACUCCCUACAUCGCUUUGGUGCUGCGUGACCUCACCUUUGCCAAUGACGGCAAUCCGAGCUUCCUCGAGGGCGACUUGAUCAACUUUGAGCGGAUGACGCUGUUCUUCUCCAUUAUCUCGGACAUUCUCAAGUACCAGCUGUUGCCGCAGCAUCAGAUCCAAGUGAACGACACUGCGCUCUCAUUCCUGAAUGGUGUUGAGGUGUUUGAUGAGGACCGUCUGUACAAGCGAUCGCUCGAGAUUCAGCCGUCGGCCAGGAAGGACGCGGGCCAAGCCACCAACGAGGGGAAGGAAGACGACAUCGAACAAACGAAGCUCAUUCGCAUCGUGCACCGAGUUGUCGCCUGUCAGGACUUCAAAGCGCUCAAGGUGAUCCUGGACGCCCAGCCGGACAUUGUCAAUAUUGCGAACGACCGAUUGAAGACGCCGCUACACUUGGCCUGCACCAUCGGAAACGCCAAGGUGGUGGCGCUCCUGCUGGAAGACAGACGAGGCGCUCAGACCGACUUGCGCGACAUCAACGGCGACACCGCUCUUCACUUUGCCGCGUCUCACAACCACCUGAAGAUCGUGAAAAUGCUGCUGAAGAAGGGAGCCUCGCCCAACAUUUUGAACGAAAAGAAGCUUUCGCCGUUGGAUGUGGCCACGCCCAGCGUGCAGUCCUAUCUCAAGGUGAGCCUGUUCAGGCCGAUGUUCGAAAGCCUGAAGAAGGAGAUCGUGUUCGAUGACAAGAGUGGUGGCAAGAACCGUCCGUUGAUGGUGUGGACCGAUUCGCUGUCUGUUGGUGUGAAGAAGUUCGACAAGGCCCACCAGCGUCUCGUGGAGUACAUCAACGUUCUCUUUGCCAUCAUUGGAACGCAAGAGAAGGACAAGCGGAAGCAGCAGAUCACCUCGCUGUUGCAGUGCCUGAUUGACUACACUCAGUAUCACUUUGCGCAGGAAGAGGAGCUCUUUACGCAGCUCAACUACCCCGAUGAGGCCGGCCACGUAGAGCAGUUUUGCAAGUUGCACCAAAAGGGCAAGAGCAUCAACUUGAGCAAGCUGGCCAAGUUCCUCCGCGAAUGGCUGCUGCACCAUAUCAUGGAAGACGACAUGAAGUACAAGCCCUUCUUCCACCAGCACAACAUUUACUGA